AUGGUCGACCAUUUGACAGCAGUCGUCGAAGAGACUGAACGCCAGGCGACGAGUGUUCAACUCAAUGGCCAUGACGAGUAUGGACACGGCGAAAAAUUUCGAGUCGAUAGACGAAAGCUCGAGCAAAUGCUGCGAGGUAAGCUCAUGAUGCUACAUAUUUGAAAUUUACACAGGCUUUUAUUGACAUAUAUCUUACUUCGUUUACAUUUGCGCGUGUGUGUGAUGCCUAGUACACAUCUCACAAACCGCCACACUCGUGUAAGUCUUGUUCGGACCUUAAAUUCGCCGUAAUUUCCAUUCUCAAUCUGUAUAGACAACGCGUGAGCUUUCUCAUUGUUAUUUGUGAUGCGCGGAAGUUUAUAUUAAUGUUGCACACGAAUUCUGAAUUUAAUGCGUUGUAGAAAAGGGUGCAUUUUUAUGUGCAAUUAAGAAUACGCUACUUAUGCACAUUAGAUUUGCAUUAAGUGUUGAGGAAUUGCUUUACAGCUCGCUUCACAGUGUAUAAAAGCUUGACAGAGCUUGAAGAUACUUAGCAACACUUGGCUUGUUUCCAAAGGGAACGUUGGCAACAUUUAAUGCCCAGGCGGGCUAUAAUUUAUAUUCGCGUUUCACGAUCGCCUAAAUCUAAAUCACAACGAAUUCCGAACUGCAAUUAGCAAUUUCCACAUUGUUUACAGCCGUUUACAUGCAGCAUGCAAAACCUGAAAGCGAACUCAGCUGAAAGCGAACUCGACGUAUGUAUCGCAUUACGAAACACACAUGACUAAGUACAAUUUGUUUUCGUUUAAACAAAUAAGAAUGGAAUACAUAGGCUCUACACACCUACAGCUUCCAUAUAGAUAAUUUCGUAGUCUGUGUAUUGUUUAUGUAUUCGGGAAUGCAACGCGCCUGAUAUAAAACGCUUAAAAUACCAGCACCUAAAUUUCAUUGUACGUAUGCUAUUGUUUUUCUUGCAGAAAACGGCGACGAUAGCGGUUUAACUGCAGACGAAUUCUUUAACCAGGUUAGAAUUGUCGCUUCUCAAUUCGGAUUCCAACACUUUAGUCUUUGCGAAGAGAAUGUAUAACUCGUGUUCAACAUCUUUAGAUCAUGCAUGAAACAAGCACUGUCAUAAGCUGGCCAACGAAAUUGAAAAUAGGGGCAAAGUCCAAAAAAGGUUAGCGCCAUUGUGUUGUAUUUGUAUUGUACUCUUAUAACCUCACCCAUUCUCCCCCCAUUGUUAUGAAGCAUCGAAUUACAAUUGGUGAAAUCCUGCCAUACUUGUUAUCCCGAAAUUUACAUCGUUACAAAUUACGCGCAUUGAUUCAGUCAUGCAACAGGCCGAAACCUAAACUAACUUUAUUUAUACUGGAUAACUUUAUCAGUUCCAAACUGUUUUUCCUAAUCUCUCUAGAGAUCCGGUAAGGGUCAUUCGAUGUCACUACAGAGGGAAACCUAAACUAUAAAACUAAUAUUAUUUAAACUUGCAUUCCGGCAACAAGUUAUAAAAUCCUUUGCACACAUAAUCGCUGUUUGCCUUCAAGCUUAUUAUCGCAUGUACAAAUAAUUUGCAGGGUUUGUUUUUGUCUAUUACCGUAAUCCGAAACGCCUCUUUGAAGAACAAUGAAAAUUCUAUAUUUAUCAGGAAAUGCAAUACUCUAUAUUAUGUUGACUUAAAACAUAACAUGUUUAUACCUGUGGUUUUUUUAUUUGCACAAAACCUGUUUUUAAGUAUGUGUUAUUUACGUCGAGCAUGGCAACGCGUUUUAUGUGGAUUUUAAAUCGAUGGUGACAGAAAAUUAUGUAGGCGUUGGAAUGCCUUUGCGGAAAUGCCUAAUUAUAACAUUAUGCGCUUCGUUCUAUUGUGUUGGAAUUCAAAAACAGUGCGUUUUCGACCUAGAAUUUCACUCUCAGAUUUUCGCCUAUUUUUAUUUCGCUGCGGUUUACUUUUUACGGGUGACUCGUCAUAUUAAAAUAGUCGUUGACGAACGCUGCUGUGAACGUUAAUGCAUUAUUAAAUCAGCGUUGUUUUGAUAUAAAAGAUAUUGCUUUCGUAAAGGCUAAUUUCCUUACCCCUCGGGGUAGGGAACGCACGUCAUCCAUAUACGGCAGUCACGAGUUUGAU